AUUAUUGACGGGAAAGGAAAAUAAAUCGGUGUAAUGUAAACCCGGACACAGGCAAGAAACUCGCGGCAAACGAUUUAAAACCAGGAAGCACGUCACAGUUUCCGGGAUAUACACACCACAUAUUGAUUAUUCUGUAUGUAUUCACUGUCCUGCCGCAGUUAGACUUCAACCUUAACGCAUUUGGUUUCUGUCUAAAGAACAACAAGGGGACGAAAUCCACGUGGGAUUCAGCCUUAAGGUUAAGAGCAACAUCAUGUCAUACCUGGCAAAUGUUGUUGAAGUUGGUGGGGAAGGAGGAGAGGCUUUCGAUUUUAAUGGCACUGAAAAUGGAGGCAUGUUGAAAAAGAUCUAUGUUUGGGAAGGUGACAUUACACUAAAAGCCAUAAAGGUGUGGCAAACGGAUGGCCAGUCCAAACAGUAUGGGAUGCCUGGUGGUGGAGAUUUAAAAGAGUUUACAUUUGAAGAUGGAGAGCAUUUCACCUCCCUUUCACUUUGGGCAAAUAAAGAUGGAUCACGUCUGGGUGCCAUCAAAUUCAAGACAAGUCACUCCCGGGAGUUCUAUGCAAGAUUGAGAUGUUGGAGGCUGAAACCAGAAGUUUCAGUUGACGUUGCUUCGGGGAUCUGCAUGGGAAUCAAAGGACGUUCAGGUUGGGAUAUUGAUCGCUUCGGCUUCAUAUUCAUCAACACUGUCAAAUCUGCUGAGCUUACCAAUGUUAUGUAUCCCAACAUCCAUGAUGUGAUACCCAAAGUGGCUGUCGGAGAAAUCAAAUCCAUGUCCUACCAGAACAACACUUCUGAAACUCAACAAUACACAAUUGAGACCUCCAAGAAAAUCACCCAAACAUCCUCCUGGUCUGUUACCGGCAAACUGGAAUUGACCUACAGUCUGAAAGUAAAUGCAGGAAUUCCACUGCUUGUGGAGGGCUCAUCAAGAUAUGAAUUAAAUAUUGGAGUUGAGGCUACAUAUGCUUCGGAGACCAGUGAAGAGAAAAUGGAGCUCUUCUCGUUUCCUGUUAAAGUUCCUCCAGGUAAAACCGUUGAUGUGCACAUCGCACUUGGCCAGGCUACAGUUGAUCUCCCAUUCACUGGCAUCGUCAAGAUUACUUGCUAUAAUGGCAGUGUGCUGGAGCUUAAAACCAGUGGAACCUACAAGGGUGUCGCUUUCUCUGAUGGAAAAGUGGUUGUGAAUGAAUCAAACAAAAAGCUUUGUGCAGCCUAACAAACUUUAAAUCAAAUUCUAUAAAUGUUUUAACCACAAAAUGUUUAAUCCUCAAUGUUAAAGAGAUGUAUGGAACCGAUAUAGUGUGAAAUGUAUCACUGUACCCAGUAUCUCAGUAAAGGGCUUGCUGACUGGAGCUCUGCUUGUGGAACACUGGAGUCCACUGGUGACGUGAUCUUGCAUGUGCUUGUGUAUCCUACAUGCAGUGGGCCGGGUGAUUUUUUUGUUUGAUUUUUUUUUCCAAAUCUGUAAACCAAUAAAAACAGAGACCUGAUUUAUUCGCCUAGUCUUCCAGUAGUGAAAACCCACAUUUUUUGAUUAAUAAAACAUUCUUUACGAAA